AAGACAAAACACAUGAAUUUUGUGUAUAUCUAGCUUCCACUUCCAUUUGCUUGUCUCCCUAUUUUUCUUCUAAAAAAACAAAUCUUUUCUGCAAACAAACUCAACAUGAAUCUUCUUUCCAAGAUUCCCAUUUUGGUUUUAUCUUCAUUUUUAGUCCCAAUCCAUUCUUUCAUCAAAACAGACCCACCUAUGGCUGCUGACCCUGUUCUUCCUACAGAGAAAAAACCUCCAUUUUCCAUUGAAAAUGAAGCUCUUUCUCCAGGAGUAUUAGUAGUUCACCAUGAAGAUUUGAACAAAAGGAUUCUUGUAGCAUUGAUUGUUGCUUCAACUCUUCUAGCUGCAAUUUUGCUGUUGUUAUCAUGUUUCUGUAUCUAUAGGUUAAAAACCUCAAAAAGUACCAAUAUCAAUAAGGCCCAACAAAGCCAAGAUGUAUCAAAAGGGUUGUCAUUGGGCCCAAUACUGGAUAAGUUUAACCCUUUAAGAAUGUCCGGUAAAAAGGGUUCGGUUACUGUUAUCGAAUACGAGUGGUUAGUGUCUGCAACAAGCAAUUUUCAUGAAGACAAUAUCAUUGGGCAUGGUUCGUUUGGGAGUGUGUACAAAGCUUGUUUCAAUGACCAUUUCCUUGCAGCUGUGAAAAGAAUUCAUGGUGGAGGUCCAGAUGCCCAAAGAGUAUUUGAGAAUGAGAUCAAUUGCUUAAGCAGAGUUCAGCAUCAGAAUGUUGUUAGUCUUUUGGGUUAUUGCAUACAUGGUGACACCAGGUUUUUGGUCUAUGAAAUGAUGCCUAAUGGUUCGUUGGAAUCCCAAUUGCAUGGGCCGUCUCAUGGAACUGGUUUGAGUUGGCAGCACAGAAUGAAAAUUGCACUUGAUAUUGCAAGAGGGCUGGAGUAUCUUCACGAGCGUUGUACCCCGCCUGUGAUUCAUAGAGAUCUAAAAUCAUCAAAUAUUCUUCUAGGCUCCAACUUCAAUGCUAAACUUUCUGAUUUUGGACUUGCGAUUACGGGUGGAAUUCAUGGAAAGAACAACAUAAAGCUUUCAGGAACAUUAGGUUACGUAGCUCCGGAAUACCUCUUGGAUGGUAAGCUUACUGAUAAAAGUGAUGUCUAUGCAUUCGGCGUUGUACUUUUGGAGCUGUUGAUAGGAAGAAAACCUGUGGAGAAAAUGUCACCAUCUCAAUAUCAAUCAAUCGUUACAUGGGCAAUGCCUCAGCUAACCGACAGAUCAAAGCUUCCGAACAUGGUUGAUCCUGUGAUUAGAGAUACAAUGGACUUGAAGCACUUGUAUCAAGUUGCUGCUGUAGCUGUGCUAUGUGUACAACCAGAACCAAGUUACAGGCCAUUGAUAACGGAUGUCUUACAUUCGUUUAUCCCGCUUGUACCUAUCGAGCUUGGAGGGUCAUUGAAAGUUGGUGAAUCUUGAUUAGUUUCUUCUUUAUGUACAGGUGAUUGGGCAAAAAAGAUUUAAUCAAUCAUGUUAUUUAAAAUUACCAUCCUUUUUGGUUCUUAGAUGUUAUAAGCCCAUGCAUUUAUGAGUGUACUUUAACUCAUCAUAAUGUACAAUGUACAUGAGAAUACCAUUUAAUGUAGCAGACCAGGCAAAAAUCCUUAUUUUGUGACUCUGCAGGUAGUUGUCACAUGAAUCAUUAAAACUUUCACAUGAACUCAUCUAGAAUAUGUUAUACUUUACUCGUUGAUAUUAGUUGUG